GAAAAAUAGCUAUCUACUCGUCAAGUGCACAAAACAUUCCUUUUUCAGAUUUACAAAGCAAUAAUUCUAAUGAGUUCGUUAAAAGUUCAUUUUUUACUACAACACAACAAUGGUUUCAAGGAAAUUCUCAUGUUCAAGAUUGGUCUGAACAAGAACCAAAAGGAGCCGACGAAUAUACUUUAAACGUUGGUAAAGCAAUACGCACAAUACGAUCAGAUCUUUCAACAUUUUUCGAACGUGGUCUUACAGACACGUCAAUAUAUUCUCAGGAUAUCCUCUUAUCUGAUCCUUAUCAUACGGGCCUACAUGUACGUGGAAAGCACGUGUAUUUUGGAAUCGCUAAUUUGUUAAGGUGGAGUUUAAUUUGGUAUUUUGACGAUUUGACACUUGAAAUAGUAAAGAUUCAUGUAGCCGAUAAUAAUAUGGAAGAUAAAAAUGGGACUGGGAGGGAUAUCUUGUUCAAAGACACUAAUUGCGACACUCACUUCAAAGAUUCAAAUGAUAAAUUAAACAGGAUGCAACAUAAAGAUCGGGAUAAAAAUCUCACUCGUGUCCAUACAGUACCAUUAUUAUCCUUUUCCACCUCUGCUAUACAAUCUUCUAAUAGAAAUAUUCGACUUUACAUUCGUUGGGAGCUUGAAGGAACUCCCCGAUCUUCUUAUAUUGCUUCAAUGUUAUCUUCACGUAGCACUCAAAUUCCACGAUCAUCCUUCUCUGGUAUUUUUGUAUAUAAAUUUGGUUCUAAAAAUGGACUAGUGACUGAACAUCAUGUAAACCAUAUAGUGCCUGCACCAAGUCGUAAAGCAGUACUAUAUCAAGGUUUUGGUGGACUCGGAGGAUUGAUGUGGCGACUUCGUAGCGGAUUAAGGCAGAAAAAUGAGUUGGGUGUGGGUUUGGGCAUAGUUGGUGCUAAAACUCAGAUAAAUGUAAAGUCAUCAAAAGAUAAACAUGAACAUAGUAGUAUUACUGACAUAUAA